AUAGAGCUAGACGGAUUUCAAUUAAACAUUUUAUGUAGCUUGGUUUCAAAUUCAAAAAUGAAUACCGUUCAUUCAUAAUAAGUGUUGAUUUGAUUAAUAGGAUUGAAUUUAAUUUAAAAAAAAUUCAUAAAAAGUUUUUUCAAAAUUACAUCACAAUGAGAAAAAAUAAAGAAAAUUUGAAAAGAAAUCCUAUUGAGACGGCAAAUCCCAUUAGUCGAUUAUUUUUUUGGUGGUCAGUUAAAUUAUUCAGAAAAGGUAAUCGAGAUGAACUUAAUAUGGAUGAUCUUUAUGCCCCAUUAGUUUGCGAUGAGUCUGAGGGUGUGACAAACGAGCUGGAGAAGGCAUGGAAUGAUGAAUUAGAAAAAAGUAGAAGCCAAGAAAAACACAAGAUUUAUGACGGAAGUAAAAUAAAAUUAUCAAAGCCAAGUUUCAUUAAUGCGAUUUAUCGAACGUUUUGGCUAAAAAACUUAUACGUUGGAUUGCUAUUACUUUUUCAGACAGUGGUUUUACGUAGUGUACAGCCUAUUUUUCAGGCACGUGUAAUAAGUUUUUUUGAUUCACAAAAUAUAGAUUUAACGACACAAAAUGAGGCUUUGAGUUAUGCAGGUGCUCUUAUUAUUACAACACUUGGAAUUACGUUUGUUAUGCACCACAUGAAUGUUGAGAGUCAACGAAUCGGAAUGAGAAUUAGAGUCGCGUGUUGUUCACUUAUUUACAGAAAAAGUCUACGUUUGAGUAAGUCAGCUCUUGAUAGUACUGCUGGUGGUCAAAUAAUCAAUCUUCUCAGUAAUGAUGUCAACCGUUUUGACCUUUUACCAAUGUUUUUUAAUUUUCUAUGGAUUAUGCCGAUACAAGUCAUCAUUGUUGGUUACAUAAUGUGGCAAAGUAUUGGAAUUUAUACUCUUGUUGGUUUUGCAACGCUCUUAUUACUCACAAUUCCCAUGCAAGCAUAUGCUUCAAUACUCAGUGGAAAAUUACGGGAAUCAAUUGCAGGACUAACUGAUCGGCGAGUUCAACUUAUGAGUGAAUUAGUUGCUGGAAUUCAAGUAAUUAAGAUGUACGCUUGGGAAAAACCAUUCAAUAAAAUAGUUUCUCAAACAAGAUAUGCUGAGAUUAAAAAAAUCCAUAGCUCGUCAAACGUUCGUGGUUUGUAUACCGCGUUGAUGGUUUUUACUGAACGGACGGCGCUUUUUGUAACACUUGUUACUUUUGUAUUAAUGGGAAAUCCCAUGAAAGCUGAAAUAACAUUUCAACUAUCAAGUUAUUUCAACAUAUUGCAGAUGGUUGUGGCUAUUUUUUUCCCACAAGCAUUGAUACUAUUCAGUGAAGCUGUCAUUUCAACAAAAAGAAUCGAGGAAUUUUUGUUACUCGAGGAAAUAACUAAAACUCAGCAAGACUUAGCGAAAACAAUAAAAUCAACAGACAAAAUUAGUUCGACUAAAUCAUCGUCAGUAAAAACACCGAACGCGGUGAGAAUAGAACUGGAUAAAGUUUCAGCCAAUUGGCUCAUUGGACAGUUGCCUCCAACAUUAUGUGAAGUGACAUUGAAUAUCGAAGCUGGAGAACUGUGCACUCUAGUCGGGCCAGUUGGAUCUGGCAAAUCUUCGUUGCUACAUUUGUUAUUGCAAGAGUUACCAAUUGGCGCUGGAACAGUUGGGCUUUAUCAGUUUAAAAAUAAAAACUCAACUGGCUUUGAGCCCAAGCGUGGAUUUAUACAAGACAAUCCUGAUAUGACGAUUUCAUACGCUAGUCAAGAUCCAUGGCUCUUUUCAGGAACUGUUAGAGAAAACAUUCUCUUUGGACUCGAUUACAAUUAUACGCGAUAUCAAGAGGUAACAAGAGUAUGUUCACUUUUAAGAGAUUUUAAACAACUACCUAAUGGUGACUUAACCACUGUUGGAGAACGUGGAACAUCACUUUCAGGAGGCCAGAGAGCUAGAGUAAAUUUAGCGAGAGCAAUUUAUAAACAAGCCGAUUUGUAUCUUCUGGACGAUCCCCUAAGUGCGGUUGAUGCACGUGUUGGGCGCCAUCUUUUUAAGAAAUGUAUUCUCGAAUAUCUUCGAGGAAAAACACGAAUUCUUGUUACUCAUCAGCUUAAUUACCUAAAACAGGCAGAUACUAUUGCUAUGAUUGAACGUGGGUUUAUCAAACAUCAAGGCAGCUUUGAUACUUUAACAAAAACGAGUUCGGAAUUUAAUAAUUUGCUGAAUGCUAUGAAAAAAAAUGAUGAUGAGUCUCCUGAAGAUACAACCGUCACUGACACUUACAAUUUUACUGAUGGCAAAAAUAGUUUUUUGAGAUUUGAUAAGUCCAGAACUUCACGAGUUUCUGUUAGAUCUCAAGAUAGUUAUCAAUUCAUACCUUAUCAAGAAUUCACCAUAGCAGAAGCAAAGUCUAAUGCAGAAGAUGAAUCAGAGUCAAUGGUAUCCGGACGAAUGUCAAACAAAGUUUAUUAUCGAUACUUUCGUGAAGGGGGAAAUAUUGGCACACUUAUACUACUGAUAAUGAUUUGUAUCAUAUCUCAAAUAGCUACGAGUGGUGCUGAUUACUGGCUCAGCUAUUGGACAAAUUUAGAAACUAUUAGAACAUCCUGUGGAAACUUGCAAGGCAACUGUUCGGUUUCUGGAAACGAAUACGAAUCCAUGGUUAAUAACACGUUUUUUCAAUCACUUUCAAUUCUGGAUGCCGAUGGUUUUCUACCUUCAGUAGAUGCAGCUUACAUUUAUACAAUGUGUAUCGUUGGUUGUAUUGUAUUAACUAUCUCACGAAGUUAUUUUUUUAUGCACAUUUGUAUGAAGGCUGGACGAAAACUACAUAAUCAUAUGUUUUCAAAUAUUCUGCAAGCAAAAAUGCUCUUUUUCAAUACGAAUCCCUCGGGACGAAUCUUAAACAGAUUUUCAAAGGAUGUUGGCGCCAUGGACGAAUUGCUACCACGGGCUAUGCUCGAAGCUCUUCAAAUAUUUCUAGUUAUGGCGGGAAUAUUGAUAAUUAUUAUAAGCGUCAAUCCUUGGAUGAUUAUCCCAAUCGUAAUCAUGGGAAUAUCAUUCUAUUUCAUACGUAUUUAUUAUUUGAAUACAGCUCAAGACAUAAAACGACUAGAAGGUAUCGCAAAAAGUCCAGUUUUUUCACACGUCAGCACCACAUUAAACGGAUUAACAACGAUUAGAAGCCGUGGUAAAGACAUAGAGUUGAUGUUAUGCAAAGAAUUUGAUCAAUAUCAAGACAUUCAUACAGGUGCAUGGUAUCUGACAAUAGUUACGGGAUCAGCAUUCGGACUUAUUCUCGAUUUGAUUUCUUGUGUCUUCGUCAUGUGUGUUUGCUUCUCCUUAAUUCUUAUGGAUCCUGAAAACACAUUUGGUGGCUCUGUUGGUUUAGCCAUUUCACAGUCAUUGAUUUUAACUGGUAUGCUUCAGUAUGGUGUCAAACAAACUACUGAAGUACAGUCACAAAUGACUUCCGUUGAAAGAAUUAUUCAGUACACUGAUUUACCAAAAGAAGGCCCAAUAGAGUCAUUGAAUCCACCACCAGAAACGUGGCCAUUGAGUGGACGAAUUGAUUGGAAAAAUGUUUCGAUGAGUUACAAAAAUGAUGAUCCACCAGUUUUAAAAAAUAUUGAACUAUCUGUAAAAUCGGGUUGGAAAGUUGGAGUCGUCGGUAGAACUGGAGCAGGGAAAUCUUCAUUGAUAUCAGCGCUAUUCCGGUUAGCGGACGAUGGUCUAAAAGGAAAAAUAAUGAUUGACGGUUUAGAUACAAAGAGCAUUGGUCUUCAAGACCUACGAGCCAAUAUAUCAAUAAUUCCUCAAGAACCUGUUCUCUUCUCUGAAACUUUGAGAUACAAUCUCGAUCCAUUUGGCAAAUAUACUGAUAACGCAAUGUUGGAUGCUUUAAGAGAAGUAGAAUUGAAUGAUUUAACACUCAAUCAAUGGGUUACUGAAAGUGGUUCAAAUUUUAGUGUUGGUCAGCGUCAAUUAAUAUGCCUUGCACGAGCAUUGUUGAGAAAUAAUAAGAUUCUUAUUCUCGAUGAAGCUACAGCUAAUAUCGAUUCUCAGACUGAUGCUUUAAUCCAGCGAGCGAUUCGUACAAAGUUUGCAGAUUGUACAGUUAUAACGAUAGCACAUCGUUUGAACACAAUAAUUGACAGUGACGCAGUUUUAGUCAUGGAAAACGGUCAUGCUGCGGAAUUCGGAAGUCCAUAUGAGUUACUCUUUGAAAAACCUACCAGCUUAUUUGCUGAAAUGAUUGAUCAAACUGGAAAUGUAAUGGCUGAGAAACUUUAUGAAGAAGUUAUAAAAUGUCGCAAUCAACAAAUAAAUUCUUCUAUUCCGACUGAUGAUAUCAAUCAACAGACAUUUUAUGACAACAGCAGUACAAUAUUAUAUAGUGCUAAACUUUAGUUUUUAAAAAGACAACAUUUCGGUGUUACAUUUACUUAGAUAUUA